UAUAAAAAGUGCUGUGAAAGCGGAUCGUGGACCAAGUGAUAUUCAAUCGCCCACCGAGCGAUGUGUCGUGUUACAGUUUUUGAAUAAAACGCGAAUCGUAACUUUUAUAAUUGAUACAAGUCGUUCGAUAUAUCGUUUCGAAAAGUCGUCGCCGUAAAAGAGCUUAACAAAAAAUACUGUACAUUUUUAAUUUUUUUUUUUAUCGUAAAAACUCGUUUAGACGCUAAGUGUACAACCAGUCAAAGGAUUCACGAAAUGGCUACGUGGUGCUCCGCAGUAAUGGUGUUGCUGGCAGUGGGCCGAGGCUUGGGCCGACCAGAAGCGCCGUUGACCGGUUUCGGCGGAAGCGGUGGCGGAUUCCCCGGCCUCACGUUGGACAGCUACGCAGCUCCUAUCAGUGGGGGCAGUAGCAGUGGACCUUACCCGAGUGGCGGGCCACCACCACAAUACGGGCCACCUCAACAAGCGCCCGUCAUACACAAACACGUGUACGUGCACGUUCCACCUCCAGAGCCCACAUACUAUGCUCCGAAGAAGCCUGUGCAGCCUCCACCACCACCACAGAAGCACUACAAGAUUGUGUUCAUCAAGGCACCCACACCCCCACCACCCACCGUGCCGGACAUACCAGCAAUUGCACCACCAGCCGAACAGAAGACGCUCAUCUACGUGCUGGUCAAGAAACCGGACGAGGCACCCGAGAUCCACAUCCCAACGCCCGCACCCACGCAGCCAUCCAAACCGGAAGUGUACUUCAUCAGAUACAAGACACAGAAACAAGAAGGAUACCCCAACUCAGUUGCGUCAGAGUAUGGACCCCCGGCCAGUCCGUCGCCGUCAAUACCGUCGGACACGUACGGCUCCCCAUCACCGUCCACCGGAUAUGGUGCGCCCAGCGGUCCAGGAUCACUGUACUAACGGGGGAAAAUACUGCCCCCGAGACAAGACCAAGACACGACACUACGAUACGAUACUUAUGUCGUCUAAUAUAUAUAUAUCAACUACAUGGUCCAAAAAUUAAAACGAUUAAAAUAUAUUAAACAAGCAAUAUCAAAUAAAACAAGUUUAUAUAUUAUCUAUAGGUUAUGCACGCCGACACACUGCGCAGUUGUACAUUAUAUUAUUAUUAUUUUAUUAUUAUAUAUUAAUUAAAUCCGAACGUUGGACUAGGAUAACGUACAUAUUAUUAUAUUAUUUAGUGUUGCCAUAAGAAAAAAUUUAGGAUAUGCGAAACGUCCGUUUCAAUAAUAAUAUAUAAUAUUUAACAACCUAUUAUUGCUGUUAAAAAAAAAACUGAUUAUCUAAAAAAGACGCCCUGUUGAAAAUUUACAUAUUAUAAUAGUAGAUAUACUGCAGCCAAUCUAGCGACCAACGUAAAUAAAAUUUAAUAUAUAACGAAAAAAUACGAUUUAUUAUUAAUAUAUUAUUAUAUUAGCCCACCACCGCCACCACCCUCGUACGUUUGCACUAAAUAACGCACUUGCCAUUUCCGCCACACUUUAAAGGACGACUUUAUAUGAUAGUAUCAUUAUUAUCACUAAACCUACGUCUAAUCCCCGCGGCCUUAAGUCGCAAUCCUAUCUAAAACACGUCGUUACACAACACACACACACAUAAAUACAUAAUAUACUAUUAGGUAUAAAACGUACCUACUAAAUCGUUAUUAUUGUUAUUGUUUACUUCGUCCAGGUAUUAAUUAUUCCAUUAUUAUAAAAGGUAUAUUAUCGUAGUAUCAUACCGUGCACAUUAUCAUGUGUGAAUGUGUUUGCGCGGGUGCGUGACUAUCACGAUGUUUUCACUUUCUCUCGCUCUCAGCGUAGGUACCUACCUACCUAUUCGGAAUUCUAAAUUUUCGUAAAAUUAUUAUGUAACAGUAUUUUUUCACUCUGGCGGAUUCCGUGAUACAUGUUUGGAUGUAUACAAUUAUAAUAUACAUGCACAACACUGUUGAAUACCCAUAUUAUACAAUCAUAUUCACAUGAUAUCAUAAUGUGCUUUGAAAACUGCAACCACAUUGUUAGAUAACCAAAUAUUAAAUGUUUUUUUUUUUUCAUUAUAAACAAUUGUGUAUAUUUGGGCAAUCAAUGCGAAAACGUCGGUCUGUUAUAGGUGUUAUAG